GUCAGCCUAUCUGGACAAAAAUGGCGUCCUUGCUGAAAGUGUCCCAGUCAGUAGCAAAAUUAUCCAAAAAUAAUAAUAUAUUUCAAACCUAUAACAUCUUCAGACACGCAUCGACAGCUCAGGCUGAGGCAAAAUCUCUUCUUCUGAACGUUCCACCUACAAAAGUGACAACUUUGAGCAAUGGAAUCAGAGUAGCUACAGAAGACUGGGGCUCCCAAACUGCAACUGUUGGUAUAUGGAUAGAUGCUGGUAGCAGAUAUGAAAAUGCCAAAAAUAAUGGUGUUGCCCAUUUCAUGGAACACAUGGCUUUCAAGGGUACAGGAAAAAGAACCCAGAGUCAGCUAGAAAUUGAAGUUGAAAACUUGGGUGCUCAACUGAAUGCUUAUACUAGCAGAGAACAGACAGUUUUCUACUCAAAAUGCCUAGCCAAAGAUGUUCCUAAUGCCAUUGAGAUUCUAUCAGAUAUCAUUCAGAAUGCCAAGUUGGGUGAAGCUGAAAUUGAAAGAGAACGUGGGGUUAUCUUGAGAGAAAUGCAGGAAGUAGAAUCAAAUCUACAGGAAGUUGUGUUUGAUCAUCUGCAUGCCAUUGCAUAUCAAGGGACACCACUGGCAAAUACCAUAUUAGGUCCAACUGAAAAUAUCAAAUCAAUAAAUGCCUCUGAUUUGAGAAGCUACUUGGACAAUCAUUACAAAGCAAGCAGGAUUGUUGUUGCUGGUGCAGGAGGAGUGAACCAUGAAGAAUUGGUCAAACUUGCUGAAGGAAAUCUAAGUAAAUUGAACAACACCUACCCCGGUGAAAUUCCUUCUGUCACCCCGUGCCGCUUCACCGGCUCGGAGAUACGCGUGCGCGACGACUCGCUACCAUUGGCGCACGUCGCCAUAGCCGUCGAGUCGGCGGGGUGGACCGACCCCGACACGCUCACCCUGAUGGUGGCGUCGACGCUGAUGGGGGCGUGGGACAGGUCGCAGGCCUCCGCCAAACAGAACGCCACCAAUUUGGCGAGGGCCAGCGGCGAAGGGAACUUCUGCCAUUCGUAUCAGAGUUUCAACACUUGCUACAAGGACACCGGCCUGUGGGGCGUGUACUUCGUCUCCGAUCCGCUCACCAUCGACGACAUGAUGUUCCAGAUCCAGCAGGAGUUCAUGCGGCUGUGCAACAGCGUGACCGAGGGCGAGGUGGAGCGCGCCAAAGCCCUCCUCAUACCCAACACGUUCCUCCAAUUGGACACCACCACCGCCGUGUGCGAGGAUAUCGGUCGCCAGUUAUUGUGCUACGGCAGACGGUUGCCCCCUCAUGAGCUGACGCACCGCAUCAGCAGCAUCACCGCCAAGAACGUCAAAGACGUCUGCUACAAAUAUCUGUAUGACAGGUGUCCGGCAGUGGCGGCGGUAGGGCCGGUGGAGAACCUUCCAGAUUACAACGUCAUCAGGUCGCAAAUGUACUGGCUGCGCGUGUAAAGAAUUAAAUUUGUGUUUCCAUAGUACAACUAAAUUAUUUCCGGUUCCGAUUUUUUGUUUUGUUUUUCACUUUGACACACGAUUCUAUAUAUUUAUCUAUCUAUUUCAUUUAAGAAUAUGUAAAUAAAGCGAUUAUGUUGAAAUAAUUUUUAUU